UAUGCAGUGCUACAGCCGCUGUCCAACCACCACGACGACGAACUGAUCUCAUACAUGUCAGAGGUACGGACCCAGAUGCUGUAUCUGUCUCCCAUAGCAGCAGUACCGACGGAUCUCGAGCGCUUGGCUAUCGAGAUGGAAAUGACCCUACACGAGCGUCACCCGGAUAUGGCACCAUCUGUAAAUGUCCGAAACCGUCUAUAUCCGCCACCAUCGUUCGCCGCGACUCCACCCAAUCAACAACGACCGGAGGCGAUUCAACGUAGAACGACACCACCAGGGUUUGCGGUCUUGCAAUAUCAAGGUCACCCUAACGUUCCGAGACCUGCUCCACGCUCGAUGGCACCGAUCCAGAUGCCGCCACCGUCAUCAUUUGAUCGUUCUACGGCGCAACCACAACAACCAACGCAGAGUUUGCCAUCGUAUGUGUAUCGUCCGGCUCCGAAAGUGGCUAUUCCGAUCUCGUCAAGCCAACUCCAUUCGUCUAUGCCAUAUAGCAUGUUGACAGUCCAGGCGUCAACUGUCCAGCAGUCAAUCACUAACGCAACUGCAACGGUCUCUACCACCUCUAGACCAUCUAGAACGUCUAACGAGAUCGACUCGACCACGGAACCGCCUCGCCGUUACUCCCGGUGUCCCCUGUUAACGAGAACGAUGACAAUGAUGACCGAUAUGAACCGGAGGUUUCGGAGUUCGAGUCCGAUGAUGAUGGGCGUUACGAGACCAUCCAGGUUCCGGAGAACCGAGAAGAAAAACAGUCCAUCACUGUCGAAUCUGCAGUUGACCGAGACGAAUUGGAGGCGAGACGACGAGCUGCACGCCAGGCUGCCGAGCAACGAAUGA